GGACAGAGGAAGCUCCCCAGAGCUGCCUCCCCUCCUGCGCUCAGAGAGGCUCCAGCAGGCAGAGACGGCGGCGGCGCUGCCUUUGUCUGCAGCUGGUGCGCGAGCGCAGCCCGCCCGGAGAGGCGCGGCAGGGAAAGCGCCCGGGGCCGCUCCGCUGCCCGCCGGCAUGGCUCUCCUUUCUUCCUCCCCCUCCGCAGCCGCGCCGCGGACCGGGGGGCCGCGCAGCACCAGCUACUCGCUCCUGCUGGCCGCGCCGUUGCUCUCCCAGCCGCUGCUGCUGGCCCCCAACCUGACCCAGGUGGCGAUCCGCCCGCAGGGCUGCCACAACGGGGCGCUGCUCGACAGGCUCGGGGUGCUGGUCCAGGCACUGCUGGCCGUGGUGGCCUUCAGCACCCUCAUGCUAAAGCGAUUUAGAGAGCCGAAAGCAGAAAGGCGGCCCUGGAGGAUAUGGUUUUACGACACUUCAAAGCAAGCCAUAGGGGCGCUCUUUAUCCACUUUGCCAACGUCUUCUUGUCCGACCUGACGGAAGAAGAUCCCUGCUCUCUUUACCUCAUGAAUUUCAUCUUGGAUGCCACGCUGGGGAUGCUGCUGAUCUGGUUCGGAGUGAAGGUGGUAUCUUGGAUUGUGGAGUGCCGGAACCACACACAUCUUGUCUUUGGAGAGUACGGAGAUCCUCCGCAGUCUGCUGCUUGGGUUGGCCAAUGCAUUCUCUAUUUGUUAAUCAUGGUCUUUGAGAAAACUACUAUUAGCCUUGUCUUACUUAUUCCUGGUUGGACAAAGCUUCAGGAAAUUCUCCUGGAUUACAUCCCCGACCCUCAGCUGGAGCUUGUCCUGGUGAUGCUCGUCGUCCCUUUUAUAGUCAAUGCAGUUAUGUUCUGGGUGGUGGACAGCUUGAUCAUGAAGAAGUACAAGCGGAAGGACAGUCUCGAAAUCAGUGGCAUGAUGGAUACCCCUCAUGCUGUGAAGGAUGAAGAGUACCAGGUGCUGCUCUGUCCGGCCUUGGAUUUUGAUUCUGAAAGUGACAGAGAUCUGUCAGGAUCUCUUCAAGGGACGGGUCCCGCAACAAGGCAAGCAGACGGUCAUGUGGCCAUCUGAUAGGAAUUCCUGCGUCAAGCAAGAGCGAAGGUGGAGAAGUACCAUCUAAGAGAACUGAAAUAAAGAUGCUUCUUGGAUUAUUUUUAAGGAACUUUGACAAUUGGGGAGGGUGUUCAACUGAGGUGGACGUGGGGCAGCUACACAUUUAAGGAUGUAUCCCCAAAUGGCAACAUCCUGUUUGUAUCCUGAUAAGGUCACGUUCCAUCGGCAUGUUCAUACUUCUGGCACAUUCUUAGGGGGCAUCAGUGCAGACUUUUGUGAGGGACAUGGAGUUUCACUUUGGAGUUGUGUCGUAUGCUGCUGAAUCUAUUUAAACAGACAAAGGAUUGGGUUAAAUUAUAUAUUCUGGCUGGCCAGCUGGUGGUGAUUUUGGAACAGGACUUUAAAAAGUAUUACACCUUUUUUUCUUCUUAAAAAAAUACAAUUCUGUUUUGUGCAACUCUUCCGAUCCUUUUAUAUGCACAGAUCACUCAUAAACAACCAGAUUGCUAAAAUGUAUUUUAAAAAAGGUCCUUACAGUCCCAAGUAAUGGGACUUUUUAAAAACUCUGUUUUAUAGGAAGCAUAAUAAAUAUUUGAUGACUAAACUUUCUUCA